AUGUUGUGUGUUAAUGUAUUGUUUUUUAUCUUCUUAAUCCGUUUUUCUAAAGGAGAACUCGAGGACAUUUGUCAUGAAAACAAUGAAAUAGAAAGCAGUGAUUUAUCAAUUCUAAUAUCACCUUUGAUGUCAUCGGAGAUGAUACGAGAAAUUAGUAUCUAUUGGAAAAAUUCGCAUCUUAAAAAUGGUGAUGUAUUUAAACUAUAUAAAGGCGAUCCGAAUACAACAGAAGCUCAGGUGAUCUACACAUUCAAACCAGAUGCAAUUCACGGCUACAAAAAAACUGGAAUGAGCAGUGAUUUUAUUUCUACCUCACAAUUAUCAUUUAGAGACGAGUGCUUGAAGUAUUACGUAUCGUGGGUACGGAAUGACACAAUAAAAAAGACGAGUUGUUUAUCAACACAUCCAAAUUGGAUGGCUAAAAGGAAAAAAACUUUAGGGCAUUUAAAAAUGCGUGAAGUUUUUAUUCCCGGGACUCAUGAUUCCGCAGCUUAUAAUAAAUUUCAAAAUUUUAGAACAGAGUUGAUCAUUGAUAAGUAUACAAUAACUCAAGAUGAAGAUGUAUUGGCUCAAUUAAUUUACGGAGCACGUUAUUUAGACAUCCGUGUUGGCCGUUAUCCAAAUUCAGAUGAAAUUUUUUGGGGUAAUCAUGGACCAAUUCGCAUCGUACCACUUCGAGAUGUUAUAAGAGAUGUUAAAUUAUUUUUGGACAAUACUAAUGAAAUUGUUAUUUUCGACAUUCAAGAAUUUCCAGUCGGAUUCAAAUCAUUGGCAGCUCACUAUCAACUAACAGAUUAUCUACUCGAGCAAUUCGACGGCUACUAUCUGGAUAGACCAGUCAAUGUUUGGGGAACAAGCCUCGAGGAUAUUUGGUCAACAGGUAAAAGACUUAUCAUCAGUUAUGAUUACUCAAAUAUCGUCGCUUCAAGAUCAAGUGUUUGGCCGCAAGUCGAACAACAGUGGGGUAAUGUCAGAACUGUAAAUGCUCUUUAUAGGCACUUGAAUAAAAUAGAAACUCAAGCCGCUGAUGAAUCGUACCAUUUUAAUCGGUUAUCGCAACCACGAGCGGCAAUGGCUCAACUGACACCGACAACUAUGGAUGUAAUAUUUAAUCGAUUAGGCGGUCUUAGAAAAAUGGCUGAGAAUGUUGAUAUUAAUAUCACCGAGUGGUACAGCGAUGAAUGGCAGCAUACUGCAAAUAUUGUUGCGGUUGACUUUAUAAAAGCUACUGGAAUUGUUGAAACUGCUAUUAAAUGGAACGAUAAGCGUGCCAGUGGUUGUUAA